AAUAUUUUCAACUUGAAAAUAAUUUUAAAUAAAGCCACACAUACAUACAUAUUAGAAGUAAAUAAACUAUAUUUCUCGAUUACCAACAAACAUGCCCUGCUUUACGGCAUCGAAUUUACGUCUGGUCCGAGAUCACAUCGAUAAUGCAGGAAAGAGGCGCGCCAAAACGUCGACAACACAACGUUCACAAGCCAGCAACACAAAUAUACCCACAGGCCGAACUGCAGAGCUCAAUGUAUCGUUAAGAGCAGCUAUUGCAGCACAAAACCGAACAAAGGAGGCUAAAGAAUGUACCGAAUUUUUGAAGGUAAUGGGUUAUACGCCACAAACGUUGAACAAACGUGCGCCUGGAUCGAAGUCCGCAUUGGGUAAGAAGCAAACAAUGCUGACGCAAAAAGAGUUGGAACGUCUCAAGAGUGCAUCGAAGGUGGUAACACUCGAGGAUCGACUGGAGGUGUUGAAGCGUCAAGAGGAGGAAAGAAAUCGCAUGGAACGUGAAACUGAUGAGGUGCGUAUGCGUUUCAAAAAGAUCGAUGAUGCUAGACAGAAGGCUAUAGAGGAGAAUGCUGUUAAAGAGGAUCUCUUUGGUGCCGGUGAUAAGGUGAAGGUUUUAGAGCGUGCAUUUCUCGCCAAACACGAGCAGGAAGAGGAAGUGCGACGCGUUAAUCGUAUCAUAUUGAAUGCUAAAUGUCAGGCCGUACGUGAUGCACAAAUACAGGAGAAGGAGGACUUUGAACGUGAGCUGCGUAACGAGGAGGUCCGCAUGGAUAGGAUGGUAUUAGAACGUGCUACCGAUGCGCUUAAAAAGGAGGAUGCCGAUGAGGAGAAGAAAAAGGAAGUAAAGUUAAAAUAUGCUUGUGAAAUUCGUAAUCAAUUGAAUGAACGCGAGACAUUACGUUUCCUAGAAGCGGAACGUAUGGAACAGGAAGCGAAACGUAUACGUAAGGCCAAUGAGUUAAUACGUAAAGAGGAUGAACAUCAAGCACAAUUACAACGAGAACGUAAAUUGAAAUUCCGCGAAGAACUGAAUCGCAUUGCUGAGAUGGCAGCCCUCUUCAAGAAGAUGCUUUGCGAACAGGAACGUGAAGCUGAUAUGCGUGCAGCAGCGUAUAUGCGUGAAAAACAAAUGAAGGAGCGCGAAUUGGCUAUGGAAAAGAAAUUGGCACAAGAGGCGUCGGAAAGCAAACGUCAGCGUAUAUUUAUAUUAGCACAAAAAGUGUUGGAAGCCAAGUCGGCCAGUGAAGAGUUGAGCUAUAUGCGUGAACAGGAGCGUAUCGAACGUGAAUAUCGUCGCAAGGAGAAGGAAGCGGCAUUGCGUAAGCGACAAAUUGAAAAAGAAUUGGCUGAUGCGCGCGAAAGUCAAUUACGUCAGACGAAACAACGACAAGCCUUGCAAAUUGCACGCGCCGAACAGGACUUUGAUAAUCUUAUGGCUCAGGUUAAGGUGGAUGAGGAGAAGCAAAAACAACAGGAGGUUCAACGUGAACGACAAAACGAGUGCUAUCGUCAGGCAAUCAUAAAACAAAUGAAUGAUAAAGAGUUAGAACGUCGCCGAUUGCUCGAAAUGGAUCGCGUACAGGCAUUGGAUUGGCGUGAAGGUGAGCGUCAGCGUGAUCGUAAUAUACGCGCCGUAAUUGAUGCUAAAUUGGCUGCUAUGCGCGAGGCUUGUCUUCCGGAGAAGUACAUAAAAGAAGUUGAAAUGCAAUUAACUAAGAUUAAAGGGCAAAAAGCUUUCCUCACCAAAAACAAAUAACUGCACAGAAUUAUUUAAUUUUAUUUGUAUAUUGUAGUGACGCCCCUGGGAGAUGAAUGACGGUAAAAAUUAUAAUCAUAAACCAUUUAAUGCUCUCUUGAAUUCAUAUAUUCUAAAAUUUAAUAUAAACUAUUACUAUACAACAACAA